AUGUGGGCGAUUACCUUUAUGGCACAAUUACAUCCCCUGGUCAUGCCUAGGAGAUCGGAUUUGAGGCCGGAAGCGCACUCGGACCCGAGGUUUUUUUAA